AUGAGUCGAGAGUUGACCACAGCAAGUGGGGUAGAUUUCUCGCAUACAAUUAUUGGUGCGGGUGUUGUUGGUUUAGCGAUAGGAGCGGAAAUUGUAACAAGAUUUCCUGAGUCGAAGGUGUUGAUCAUUGAAAAGAACGAUGCGUAUGGUCAAGAAACGUCCAGCAGGAACUCGGAGGUGAUUCAUGCUGGCAUCUACUACCCAGAGGACUCACUCAAGAUGCGAUUAUGUCUUGAAGGUAAAAGAAUGAUUUAUGAAUUGAAGGACAGAAUCCCGGUGAAGCAGUGCGGCAAAUGGAUUUUGGCGCAAAACGAGCGGGAUUUAGAAUACCUCGAGAAAUUGCACGAGAAAUCUAAGAGAAUUGCCGCUCCUACUCACUUUCUUAGCAUCAAGAAAGCCGCUCUAGAAGAGCCUGCUGUUUACGCGCGUGCGGGAAUUUUGUGUUCCCCCACAACUGGAAUCACAUCGGCACAUGAACUAAUGAGUUAUUUGAUGGCGAAGUUUCAAGAAGCGGAAGGUUCGUUAGCACUAGGCACAAAAGUUACCGGUAUCAAAUAUAACGAUGCGGACAAAGUGUACGAGAUCGAGACGGUGGAGCAAGAGGUUGAUCAAGACACAGAGGGUAAUGCAGAGCCAUUCACUAUUAGCACCGCCACACUAAUCAACUGCGCGGGAUUACACGCGCCACAAAUCUCUAACAUGAUUCUUCCUAAGGAACGUCACGUGACGGCAUAUUUUGCCAAAGGUAACUACUUCACCUAUGCGGGGAAACCGUUGCAUAUCAAACGGCUAGUUUACCCCUGCCCAACGCCUGGUGUGGCAUCGUUGGGAACGCAUUUGACGAUUGAUCUUGGAGGACAAAUCCGAUUUGGACCGGACUUGGAGUGGGUGAAUAGCUGUGAGGAUUAUCACGUCAGUGAGGGUAACUUGGCUAAAGCGUGUACUCAGGUUGUACGGUACUUGCCGGGAAUGAAGGCAGAGAAUUUACAUGGAAGUUACUGCGGCAUCCGUCCUAAGAUCAUUGGUCCACAAACGAAGCGGUUUCAAGAUUUUAUUAUUAGAGAAGAAAGGGGGUACCCCGGAUUUGUCAAUUUGUUAGGAAUCGAGAGUCCAGGUUUGACGGCGUCAAUGGGCAUCGCCAAAUAUGUUAUGCAGAGAUAUCUUUAA